CUCGAAGUGAAGAUUCUGAGAGGUAGAAAUGUAGCAAUGAAGCAUAAGUUGCUGAACCUACAGAAAGCCACUCAAUGUCUAAAUGUGGCAGCUGGCCUCAUACCAGCUACACCUGCUUCAACUUCCCUGGCUGAAAAUAUCGACCACAAAGCUUCUGAAUAUAAACAUCAACUUCAACAGCAAGACCUCGAAAUGAAGAUUCUGAGUGGCAGAAAUGUAGCAAUGAAGCACAAGUUGCUGAAGCUGCGGAAAGCCACUCAGUGUCUAAAUGCGGCAGCUGGCCUCGUACCAGCAACGUCAUCAGCAUCACUGGGUGAAAACAUUGACCCCAGUGCUUCUGAAUGUAAACAUGAACUCAAACAGAAAAACCUCGAAGUGAAGAUUCUGAGAGAAGGACCUGGAGCAAUGAAGCGUAAGUUGCUCAAGCUACAGAAGGCCACUGAAUCUAUAAACACGGCAGCUGGCCUCAUACCAGCUACAUCACCUUUGUCUUCCCUGGGUGAUAAUAUCAACCACAAUGCUUCUGAAUACGAACAGCAACUCGAACAGCAAAACCUCAAAAUGAAGAUUCUGAGAGAAAGAAAUGUAGCAAUGAAGCAUAAGUUGCUCAAGCUACAGAAAGCCACUGAAUGUGUAAAUGAGGCAGCUGGCCUCCUACCAGUAAUGACAUCAGCAGCACUGGAUGAAAACAUGGACCCCAUUGCUUCUGAAUAUAAACAUGAACUUGAACAGAAAAACCUCGAAGUGAAGAUUCUGAGAGAAAAACAUGGAGCAAUGAAGCGUAAGUUGCUCAAGCUACAGAAGGCCACUGAAUUUAUAAACACGGCAGCUGGCCUCAUACCAGCUAUGCCUGCUUUGAUUUCCCUGAAUAAUAAUAUCGACCACAAUGCCUCUGAAUAUGAACAACAACUUGAACAGCAAAACCUCAAAAUGAAGAUUCUGAGAGGAAGAAAUGUAGCAAUGAAGUAUAAGUUGCUCAAGCUACAGAAAGCCACUGAACGUGUAAAUGCGGCAGCUGGCCUCCUACCAAUAAUGACAUCAGCAGCACUGGAUGAAAACAUGGACCCCAUUGCUUCUGAAUAUAAACAUGAACUUGAACAGAAAAACCUUGAAGUGAAGAUUCUGAGAGGUAGAAAUGUAGCAAUGAAGCAUAAGUUGCUGAACCUACAGAAAGCCACUCAAUGUCUAAAUGUGGCAGCUGGCCUCAUACCAGCUACACCUGCUUCAACUUCCCUGGCUGAAUAUAUUGACCACAAAGCUUCUGAAUAUAAACAUCAACUUCAACAGCAAGACCUUGAAAUGAAGAUUCUGAGUGGCAGAAAUGUAGCAAUGAAGCACAAGUUGCUGAAGCUACAGAAAGCCACUCAGUGUCUAAAUGCAGCAGCUGGCCUCGUACCAGCAAUGUCAUCAGCAUCACUGGGUGAAAACAUGGACCCCAUUGCUUCUGAAUGUAAACAUGAACUCAAACAGAAAAACCUCGAAGUGAAGAUUCUGAGAGAAGGACCUGGAGCAAUGAAGCGUAAGUUGCUCAAGCUACAGAAGGCCACUGAAUCUAUAAACACGGCAGCUGGCCUCAUACCAGCUACAUCACCUUUGUCUUCCCUGGGUGAUAAUAUCAACCACAAUGCUUCUGAAUACGAACAGCAACUCGAACAGCAAAACCUCAAAAUGAAGAUUCUGAGAGAAAGAAAUGUAGCAAUGAAGCAUAAGUUGCUCAAGCUACAGAAAGCCACUGAAUGUGUAAAUGAGGCAGCUGGCCUCCUACCAGUAAUGACAUCAGCAGCACUGGAUGAAAACAUGGACCCCAUUGCUUCUGAAUAUAAACAUGAACUUGAACAGAAAAACCUCGAAGUGAAGAUUCUGAGAGGUAGAAAUGUAGCAAUGAAGCAUAAGUUGCUGAACCUACAGAAAGCCACUCAAUGUCUAAAUGAGGCAGCUGGCCUCAUACCAGCUACACCUGCUUCAACUUCCCUGGCUGAAAAUAUCAACCACAAAACUUCUGAAUAUAAAACUCAACUUAAACAGCAAGACCUCGAAAUGAGGAUUCUGAGUGGCAGAAAUAUAGCAAUGAAGCACAAGUUGCUGAAGCUUCUGAAAGCCACUCAAUGUCUAAAUGUGGCAGCAGGUCUUCUAACAGCAACAUCAUCAACAUCACUGGGUGAAAACAUGGACCCCAAUGUUUCUGAAUAUAAAUAUCAACUAAUAGAGAAAAACCUUGAAAUGAAGGUUCUGAGAGAGAGACAUACUGUGAUGAAGUAUAAGUUGUUCAAGCUACAGAAAGCCACUGAAUCUAAAGACGCAGCAGCUGACCUGGUACCACCUAUGCCUGCUUCAAUUUCUCUGGGUGAUAAUGUUGACCCCAAUGCUUUUGAUCACCAUCAACUUGAACUGAAAAACAUCAGUCAUCAUGCUUCUUCCAUUUAUCAGCAUCUCCCAGAACCUAAUGACCUGGUGGAUUUGCUCAAAAGUAUUUUCAACAUAUUCUGAGAUCAGUGUAGCAUAUCAUGCACAAGAAUUUUUUUUCAGAACUCUUUUUAAGUUUUUAGGAACAGAAUGUCACCCUUUCAGCUGGAAACACUCUACAUGUGAUAUUAAGCACCUCGAUUCACCAGGAAAGUCUAAAGUAGCUAAAAAUGAUCCAUCAAAUCUUCAAGGUAUCCAGGGAUCCACAUCCUCAAAAUUAGAUAUGAAUCCCAGUUCCACAGCUCUUGUCUGUUUUUCACCCACCCAGACCUGCAGCUGGUGUCUCUGGGCAUCUUCCUUAAAUGCUAUUAAUGUUUUGCCCACAUCUACUCUUCUGCUACUGUCACCUGACAACUGUGCUGAAGUUGUUCUCAAUGACUGUCAAGAGUGAAAUAGAAGAUUCUUGAGUCAGCAUGACAGCACUUUGAAGUAGCGUCCUUUAGGAAAAAGGCACAUAAUUGUUUUUGCAGCUUUACUUUGUUUAAUAAAGAUAUUCUUAAUACUUUAAAAAAAGAAAGAUUGUU